UCGCGUGACAGCUUAAUAUUUGAAAACAUUCGUUAAAGUUGUUUACGAUAUAGUUCUCAGACGAGCCUCCGUAGUUAAAUGCAAAGGAAAUAAUCAGCUAGAAUGAAAAGACGUCGAGAAGAACAGCAAAAGCACGAAGAAACACCGAAACCGACCACAUUGGAAGUCUGUGAGCAAAUGUGUAAAGUAGCUAUGCUUAGAAGAGAAGGACCUAAACUCCUCCAUGAGAUACUAACAGCUGAAACCGAGGCAAGGAUGAAAUGGUUGAGGAACCUGAAGUUUGAGAUUCCUGCUGAACAUAAAACACUUAUGCCCGAUUUGCCAGUAAUUUCAGCCCCUAACUUUGAGCAGAAACAGAAGAGAUAUGAAGAACAAAAGAGGCUGCUCACAUUGAUUUCAGUCUACGAGAUGCAGGCUAAAUGCCCGGUUGCCCGUAUUAUAGAUAAAAUAUAAUGACUAAACAUAUUGCAAAACUUACGUAUUAAGUUUCAUAUUUUGCAAUAUUUUUAAAUAAAACGCCAAUAAAUUAA